CGAAGAAGCAGCGAUUUGUGUACGUGUGUGUUUUGUCUUUGCGACGUGGUGAUUACAGAGCCACCAGAACCGAUACCAAACCCAACACCGAUCAGAUCCGAUCCCCGCCAGAAUCCAGCACUUCCAUGCAGAUGCGCGUCACCGAGUUGCCGGCAGUCCAGCUGCUGCUGCCCCUUAUCCUGAUUGGCCUGGCGAGUGGUCAGCGCGUCGCUCCCGGCGUGAAUCCGCAGCACUAUCAGCAAGUGCCGCAGCAGGUGCCCCAACAUCACCCACCGCCGCCGCCGCAGCACCACCAGCCGGUGUACCAGCAACAGGUCCCCUCGGCGCCCGGUGUGCCUCCCCAGCAAUAUCAAUAUGAACAGGUGCAGGUGCCGGUGCAACAGCAGCAGCAGCAAUAUCAGCAAGUUCCUGUGCAGCAGCAGCAACAGCAGCAGCCAAUCCACCAGCAAGCACCACCAGUUCCGCAACAACAAGUGCACCACCAGCAGCCGCAGCAGGGGCAUCACCAGCAGGCAGGUGGCCACCACCACGGGCAACCCCAGCAGGUCCUAAACACCGGAAACAUCCAGCAGGAGCGCGCUCACAUCCAGGAGCACAUGCAGGUGCCCAUCGAUACGAGCAAGAUGUCCGAGGCUGAGUUGCAGUUCCACUACUUCAAGAUGCACGAUUCGGAUAACAACAACAAGCUGGACGGCUGCGAACUGAUCAAGUCGCUGAUCCAUUGGCACGAGCAAGGCAGCAAGGAGCAGCCGAACGGCGAGAAGCCGCAUGUAGAGGAGAAGGUCUUUUCGGACGAGGAGUUGGUGGCCCUCAUUGAUCCCAUUCUGCAGAUGGACGACACCUCGCGCGACGGCUACAUCGACUAUCCGGAGUUCAUCAAGGCGCAGCAAAAGGCCGCCGAGAAGCAGCAGAAUCAACAGCAGCAGCCGCAAGACCAACAGCAGCAACAGCAGCAGCCGGUUCAUUAGUAGUCACCCAGAUCCGUUUAGUUUGCAUACCAUAACCAUGUCCUCGUCCCGUGCUAUGUGACGUGCAACUCAUACUCCUGUUUUCUGCCCAAAACAUCCUGAAAUUACGUCGACCACGUCAAAGGUUUUAGCGCACUUCUUUAGUUGAAUUCGAAUCAAAUUUACUUAACAUGCUGCAAGCAUUCCAAUCGGAGACCUUCAUUGAACAAACUAAUUGUCCUUCUGAGAACUUUUUCAAAAAAUUCCCAUUUUCGAAUAAUGAACACGAAUCUCUCGAGUGAUUUGUGCAUUUCCAGCCGCCUCGUUUCGUUUUGUUUUCCAUUGUCAUAAUUUUAGUUACUUUUCGAUAUGAACUAAUUUUUAAGCGCAAUUUUAGAGCAGCAAAAAAAACAGACUGAUUGUGUAAAAGUUUGUUUUGUACAAAAAAAAAAGAAACAAAAAGCGAAAACUAUGCAAAAGAAGAAUACCCCGUCUAUGUGGAAAUCUUUUUGAAACUGAAACCUAUAAUAUAGACGCAUGCAACUCUUUGUAAGUAAAGCCGAUUUAGCGAAUAAAGUCGAAUCCAAAUCACA